AUGCGGUCUGCCCCAAAGACAGCGCGUGCUGCAACUCAGGCAGACUACUCCCUGCACAGCUUGGACAACUACGAGAUUCUGGAGGUUGAUGGCUUGAACGUCCCGACCUACAUGCGUGAAAUCGUUGCGCGCGGUCUCGGGUACUUAGCUGCAGUCGUUGAAGGCAUGGAGGCCAAAGAGGUGGUUCUACUCCGGCACUUCGUCAUGGAUCAGAUGUACGCCUUGCUGGCUUACGCUCCUCCAUUGGAUGCCGGCGCAUUUGGCGGGGAUCGUGGAUACGUCAUCACGUACUAUGACGCUCCACUGCAGGCUGGAAUUCAGCCGUCCUGGUCGGACCAAAAUGGGCCUGCAGGUCGGUCGACUGUAUCUGGCAGUUCGCUGGCACAGCUCCGUGUCAUUGACGACCAAGCUGUGGAGCGUCGGCGUCUUGCAGCGCUGGAGUGGGGCAAGGACAAAGCUGUGGCUCCAGCAGCGCCUGCUAUGCCACGCAAAGUGCCUGGCGAGGGCCUGACUGAAGAGAGGCGCUCUUCACAAAGUAAGAAAGACUGA